AUGGCUCACAUACUGAAAGCUGCAGCUCUCCUCUCUAUCCUAUUGAGUGCUGUGUGUGCCACUCAGAUCACCACAAAGGCCAGACAUCAGUCUCUGAAGGAGAUCAUCAGUACCAUCCGGCACAUUUUAGAAAACCAGGUUCAUCAUCAUCAAAACCACGUGCCAGAGAUAUUCGAGGACGUAAAGGAUCGCAGUGAUUCAGAGGUUUUUUGCAAAGCGGCCCAAGUCCUGGAGUUGCUUCCAUUUUACAAUAACCUCAAAGAAUUGCACAAACUUCGACACAACCUAAUUCACAUGGGAGGGCAGAUAACUGAGUGUGAAGUCAGUGAACUUUCUCAGGUCGAGUUCAAAAACUUUCUGAAAAGACUGUUGAACUUCUCCCAGAAGAAAUUUAGGACAAAUGGUGACAAGAAUCAUUUGACGACAAAAUCGAAGGGUUGA